AUGAACUCCUGCUCCAGAAGGACUCUGGAAAGAGGAGUCCAGCACUGCGGAGAGGGACCACAGGCCGGCUGCCUCACUAAUUGCAUCUCAGGAGAGACUUGCCUCAUUCAAGUUCUCCCAGGGUCUCAGCCUGCAGAGCUGAGAGCAGCUUUGGACUGUGCAUCGUUCCAGGAAGGGGAGAGCCCCUUCUCAUUCUUGUUAGGGGAAGCGGAGGCGUGCUGGGAUUCCAGAAGUGGAGAAGGAGGCAAGAUGAAGACUCUCCUGCUGUUGGUGGGGCUGCUGCUCAGCUGGGAGAGUGGCCGGGCAAUCUCGGACAAAGAGCUCCAGGAAAUGUCCACCGAGGGGAGUAAGUACGUGAAUAAAGAAAUUAAAAAUGCCCUCAAGGAGGUGAAACAGAUAAAGACCCAAAUAGAACAAACCAAUGAAGAGCGCAAAUUACUGCUCAGCUCCCUAGAGGAAGCCAAGAAGAAGAAAGAGGAUGCCCUGAAUGAUACCAGGGAUUCUGAAAACAAGCUGAAGGCGUCCCAGGGGGUGUGCAAUGAGACCAUGAUGGCCCUCUGGGAGGAAUGUAAGCCCUGCCUGAAACAGACCUGCAUGAAGUUCUACGCUCGUGUGUGCAGAAGUGGCUCGGGACUGGUUGGCCACCAGCUCGAGGAGUUCCUAAACCAGAGCUCCCCCUUCUACUUCUGGAUCAACGGUGACCGCAUUGACUCCCUGAUGGAGAACGACCGGCAGCAGAGCCACGUGAUGGACGUCAUGGAGGACAGCUUCACCCGGGCGUCCAGCAUCAUGGACGAGCUCUUCCAGGACCGGUUCUUCCCCCGGAGGCCCCAGGACACUCACUACUACUCCCCCUUCAGCUCGUUCCCGAGGGGGUCGCUCUUCUUCAAUCCCAAGUCCCGCUUCGCCCGGAACGUGAUGCCUUUCCCCUUGUUGGAACCCAUCAACUUCCACGAUGUGUUUCAGCCCUUCUACGACAUGAUCUACCAGGCCCAGCAGGCCAUGGACGCCCACCUGCGCAGGUCUCCCUACCAAUUCCCCAUGGAGGAAUUCACAGCAAACAACGACCGCACGGUGUGUAAGGAGAUCCGCCACAACUCCACGGGAUGCCUGCGGAUGAAGGACCAGUGCGAGAAGUGCCAGGAGAUCCUGGAAGUGGACUGUUCGACCAGCGACCCGAGUCAGACACUGCUGCGCCAGCAGCUGAACACAUCCCUGCAGCUGGCGGAGAAGUUCAGCAGGCUCUACGACCAGCUGCUCCAGUCCUACCAGCAGAAGAUGCUCAACACGUCGGCCCUGCUCAAGCAGCUGAACGAGCAGUUCACUUGGGUGUCCCAGCUGGCCAACCUCACGCAGGGCGACGACCAGUACUAUCUGCAGGUCUCCACGGUGAAUUCCCACAACUCCGACCCCAGCGUCCCGUCUGGCCUCACCAAGGUGGUCGUGAAACUCUUCAACUUCUUCCCCAUCACGGUGAUGGUCCCUCAGGAAGUCUCCAGUCCUCACUUCAUGGAGAACGUGGCGGAGAAAGCGCUCCAGCAGUACCGCCGGAAGAGCCUGUGA